CAUCGUUAACUUCAUCAUUAAUAAAUUACUAGUCAUUCCGAACAGUAGAUCAAAAACUAGAAUUUUAUAAUUGUAAGGAGCUAAGGAAUAAAGAUAUAUUUUAUUCAAAAAAGAAAAACUUUAAAAAACUAUUUGUCUGUGAAUCCCAAAUUCCAAAAAGAUUAUAGUCAUUGUAGAUGGACCUUUACAUAAAUGCAAAAAUAUGGUAAUACGUGACAGUGAAAUGACUAUAUUUUAAGAAAAGAAAAAGGCACACACAAGAAAACACGUAUCUAGAAUAGAAGUCUCGAUUGCAUCAUUAAAUUAAGAUUUUCUGUACUAGCAGUGAAUUUUGGAACACAGUCACUGAAUCAUUUGUUCUUCCCCCUUCCUACUUUAAAUGAACAACUGUUCUCCAGUGACGCGCGAUGGAUAACACACCAUGUAUAUGAAAUGAGGAACGAAGAUAUCAUCUACGACUGCAGUUUUGUUUAAACUAGCAGCUUAUUUCGAUAGAUUAAAAUAAAGAAUUAAGAUAAAGGAUGUGUUUCAUUGACGUUACAAAAAUGCAAAAAAAUUUUUAAUUCAAAAGAAUAAAGAAAUUUGAUUGAUCAAUUAAAUGAAUCGAAUGAUUUGUAACGAUACUUUACACAGCGUAAUUUAUGAUCUGAAUACUUUUUUCAUUGGACACACACAUACACACACACACACGCACCAUACCAUAACCUGAUGUAUAAAAUGCCUUUAUAUGUAAAAAAGUGGAAGACAAAAGAGAAUAUUUUUCCUGAAUGAAUUCAGUUUUUCUAAAUCUUCGCCUAAGUAAAGAUAUAUAUAUAUUCUCAUCGAAAUUGCAAGCAUUUUGAGCGAGUAUAAAUUUGAAUUGAAAAUUUUUAUACAUCAAAAUGGAUUCUACAAGAAAGAACUCUGUUAACAAUGCUGUAAAUAGAUGUAAAAGGGAAGAUGCCAAGGAGAUUCAGAUACCAAUGCCAUGGGGUUACAUUAGUGGCAAAUGGUGGGGCCCAAAAGAGCUCCAACCGAUAGUGGCACUGCAUGGUCGUCAGGAUAAUGCAGGCACUUUUGAUACAUUAAUGCCAUUGAUGCCUGAUGAUGUUUCUGUUCUUUGCUUGGAUAUGCCAGGGCAUGGUUUAUCUUCCCAUUAUCCAAAGAGUCAAUUCUAUUAUGUCUAUUAUGAUGGUGUCAUAUUCCUUCGUAAAGUCAUUAAAUAUUUCAAAUGGGAUAAGGUAAAACUGCUUGGCCAUUCAUUGGGUGGUGCUAUAUCAUUUUUGUAUGCAGCAUCAUACCCAGAUGAAGUCGAUAUUCUCAUAAGUUUGGAUAUUGUUAGCCCAAGCGUGAGGGACAUUACAAAAAUAGCUGCAAUGACUGGAGACUAUAUUGACAAAUUUUUAAAAUAUGAAUUAUUAACAUUGGACAAUGUACCAUGUUAUGAGUACAAUGAAAUGAUUAACAUAGUGGAAAAGGCAUAUGAGGGUUCUAUAACGAAGGAAGGAGCAGAAAUAUUAAUGAAACGUGGCAUGCAACAAUCAUACACACAAGGCAAAUAUUACUUUUCCCGAGACCCAAGACUAAAGGUUGCCAUUUUGGGUAUGUUCUCUCUAGAUUUAGUACUUGAAUAUGCAUCCCGUAUAAAAUGCGCAUACCUCAACAUUCGUGCUGUUCCUGGGAUGAAGUUCGAGCAACCUGAAAAUUAUCAAAAAGUAUUAGAUAAUAUAAAAUUGGUGGCUAAAAAAUUUGAAUAUCACGAAGUGAAAGGUACUCAUCAUGUACAUUUGAAUGAACCUGAAAAAAUUGCGCCUAUAAUCACAAAUUUUCUACAAAAGUAAUAAUAAUAUUAUUUAUUUAUUAAUGGAUAUGGUUAUUUAUGAUGGAACAAAUAGUUUUACUAUAGAUAGUUAUCAAACUUUUUCAAAUCUAAAAUGCUGAUACAAGUUUACAACAUUACAAGUUUAUUAUUGUUUAAUGUACCUACAUAUAUGCAAAUUGUUGAAUUAGAAAUGAUUUGACAUUAUUGUUGAAUUAGAAAUGAUUCUAUUGAACAAAUGACAUCUAUUGAACAAAAUUGGUAUGUAGAGUUUAUAAAACAAAUAAAUAAAUUCGUUAUGUUGCUCUACUAUGUGGAAAUAAGGUGCUUUGGAAAAACAAUUAGAACAUUAGUGCUAGAUAAGAAAUAGAGAUUUGCAUAUAAAUAUAGAACAAAAGACAUCGAAUUAUAUUUAUUAUAUCUCUAAUUUCUUAAGGCAGAAGGCAGAAAUAUUUGUCCAUGUUAGUUAGCAUCGCUUCUACUCUUUUGUGAUUAAUAAAUAAAUAAUUAUGUGAAUAAUA